AUGUGCUGCAGUCAAGCCGUAGGGCGACCAAGGCUUGCCUGGGCUGCCAGAUCAAGAAGCGAAGGAGGGCUAGGGCACGGAGCGCUGCCUCCAGUCCUGCAGCGGAAGCGAGAGCAAGUCGUGCAGGCAUGCGAGCGAUGCCGGAGGUCGCGGCUCAAGUGCGACUCUGCAAGGCCAUGCGGUCGAUGCGCGAGGAGCCUUCAAGUGUGCGUAGACUGGCGGGUCAAGCGGCGACGGCGCGGGACGGAGAUAGACGGAAGCCCAGAGGGAAGCCCAGAUGGGGACAAGGAGACAAGCGGGUACAGCUGGGAGGAGCUGCUGGGGAACCCGGAGGAGGGUGAGCUACAGCUAUGGCCACGGUUGGCAGACGAGACUGCGUCAGAGGAGAGCAUUGCAGGAGGCGGAUGGGAAGAGCUGGAAUGGGAAGAGGUUGUAGAAGGAUCAGGGGCAGGGGGGAGAGGGGAAUGCAACGAUCAGCUUUCAGCCGAGCUCUAUGGAGUCAAAGGAUUUUUUCUUUGA